CUUGGAAAGCAGAGGCAGGUGGAUCUCUGUGAGUUUGAGGAAAGCUUGGGCUACACAGUAAGGCCAUGUCUCAAAGAAACCAAACCAAACAAGAAGAAGAAGAAGAAGAAAAUCAACCUUUAAUAUUCAAGGGCAAGAUGACAAAUCUUGACAGCAAUAAAAAAAUGUACAGUUAGAAGAGACAAUAAACCUCAAUUUCAAAAUUCUUGGCAAGCAUUUGAAACUGGUAGUUUGGGAAAUAUGAAAUAGUUUAAAAAUGUGACAGAGAAAAGAUUUUGAAAUUAAAAUUUCCUAUAUUAAACUCUAAAUAUUACAAUAUCAACAUUAAAUAUUUUUUUUGGUCCUUACUAAUAAAAUCAGCUACACUUAAAAUCUUAAAGUGUUUUCAACUUAUUUAUAAAUGACACACAACCAUUUAUAUCUAGCAUAUUGUCUGCUUCACCUACAAAUUAAUUGCUGAUAUACUGCUUUUAUUUUGACUAGUAUAUAUUUAGACCUUUCAAUACAUUUCAAGUUGAUAAGGGGUACUGAAUAAAUUUCCUGAUAAUAAUCCAGCAGGUUGCCGAAUACUUAUUAAAUAUUGGAUGCUUUCCAUUAAACUUAUUUGCUUGUAUAUUAUUGAAAAUUCUCUAGUCACAUGUUAAUAGAGUAUUUUAGUGCAUAAAAUAGUCUGCAAUUAUAUGCUUCCAUUCUUGAAAAACAAGAAAGGUUGUAGCAAUUAAGAGUGAGAGAGGCAUGGACAACUUGGUGGUAUCAGACACUUGCACCUCUGGGAGUCCGGGUGGAGAGACUGCUGCUGUUUGGCCUCUCUUGAGAGCACUCUAUAACAUUUAGCAUGUAUCAAAUACAUGGUAUUACAACUCAAAAUAUUCUAAGUAUGGAUGAUUUUUGACUUAGAGGAAUUUGAGUUUUUAUAGUUAAGUAAAUGUAUUUACCCCAUUCAUCAAUUAUUUAACUAAUUGAAAAUUUUGAGUGCUUAUAAAAAGCACAUGAUUUUCAGUAUUUAAAAGAAAGCCCCCAGAUUAAAGAGGAAUGAGUGAAAAUGUCUUAUUUUACUACUGUUUGUUUAAUAUUAUAUACAUAUAUGUUCUUGGGAAUCAUUUCUCAUUUUCAUUACAAAAAAAAAGCUGUUCCAGUUUUCUUUAUUUUUGGUCAGUUUGAAACUUUAAAAAAUUAGCUAUAUUCUGUAAAAGGCUUAAAAUAUAGGCUGAUAUUAUUUUAAUUCCGCAUGAAAGGUAAUAUAAAUAAGCAUGAAUCUGAUUUAAAUAAGGAUUUGAAAGUCUGCUCAUGUAUUUCAUUUUAAUAUAAUUCAGAGAGGUGCUUCUUUGCCCAUAGACCUGUGUGGUGGGACAUGCGGCGUCAGAGCCACCAUUGUACCCACUUCAGCUUGGCACAUCACACAGUGCCAUGUUGUCACGGAUCGCCCAUUUGCUGAGAACAGUCUAAGUUCUUUUGUUUGUUUGUUUUACUUCUUCCAGUCUUGAAGGUAAUUCCUACUAAGGAGGUGCAAUUUGUGUUUGGAAGUUGUUUGAGGUAGUUCCUUUGUGUUAUAUGUAGCAGCUGGGAAAAAUCUAGGUCCAUUUCAGCUGUCAAGGAAUGCUUUUUUUUUUAAGAAUUUUGUUUUAUAAUAUAACUGUCUGCAUAGUUCCAAAAUCACUUGUCCUUGUAUACCAAUAUUCCUUCCUUUAAGUAAACAUUUAAAAUAUUCUCUCACCUGUGAAGUAGUACAUUCGUGUUUGUGCUGUACCUCUCAGGUAAGGGAUAGGUUCCUUUUCCACACAGUGAUGUGUGGUGAUGAUGUGGUGUGAUUCAUACCAUGAAUUCCUUGUUGCGCUUGCUUAGUGCUGUAUUUGAUUCUCUCCAUCAUGCAGCAAGUACCCUGAGCCAUGUUUGUGGUCCAGGAAGUAACACUUGAACUAAGCUAAAAAAAACCCAAAUCUUCUAAUUUUAUUAUUUGGGGGUUUGUUGUUGUCACUGAAAGCCAACACCGCACAGCCAGCUUAGUCACUCACUUCUCCAGUUGUCUGGUGGUGGCAUUUGAGUUUAUGUUAAUAUCAGUUUGAAGAGAGUCAAAAAUUAAGAUUUUAUGAUUUAUUUUGAGGAAACUGAGAAUGGCUGUUAACAGUACAUACAGAACUCAGUUUCCUCUUUAAAAUCCCAUAGCUUGUUUCCUACAAAUCUCAAUGACUGCUCAGUAUGUUGGUAUCUAAAAGAGCACCAAGUAGAUUGCUUACCAGUUUGAUUACUUUAUCUUCGACUAAUCUGUUUAGAAACCUUUCACCUACUGUCGUGUGUUUUUAAUUGUAUAUUAAUUGCACUUCAAAAGAAGCUCAUUUAAAGUUGGUUUAAAAUGACUACACCCAUUUGUUUUGCAUUUACUAACAGAAAAGUUGCAUUUUCUAACACAAUAAUAGGCUGAAAGGAACAUUUCCCAGAGUCACUGCUACAGUAAAAUGCACAAGGUGAAGUCAUCAUGCUUGCUAGUGUGAAUUAGUAGCUUUGAAUUCAAGUCCUAGUACCCGGCAUGGCAAGUCUUGAAUCAGAUUUAAUGGUUGCCUCUACCACGUUCCAGAAGACAUGCUGGAACUGCAAGGUGCCAGGAACAGAAAAGAAUGGGAGAUUCACAUGCAACCAUCAAUGUUAAUGACCACAUAAAUAAGCAACCAGAAUAGAAAUAAUCAUGAAAUAGCAAAAUCAUAAAAAUUAGAGUAGCCUUUGAACUUAGGCAGUUCAUGGACAAGUAAAACUCCGUGGAAUCUCCAGAAUCUUCACUACCCACCAGACAGUGUGCCGCUACAUUCAGUUUCAUUUGAAAAUCAAGGCAACGACUUGGAAAAAGCAGUAAAAUUCUAGCCAUAGGUGACAUGUAACAGCGCCUGCUCUUGGGUGCUAGUGACCUGCCCGGAGGAACUGCCACGGAUUUGCAGCCAAAUGUCCCGCAUUUGGGGAGAUGUAGGCGGGUGUCCUACGUUUGGAGAGAUGGAGAUGGGUGUCCCGAGUCUGGGGGAAUGUAUGCGUGUGUCCCGCGUCUGGGGUGGAUUCAAGUUCGACGGGUGCUUGUCUUAAGCUGCGGGUCCUACGUAGUCUUGGUAACUUAGCUGAUGGGUGGCCAACAGAGCCCUCCAGACAAUCGGGCCGCCGGGUGUGGCCUGGGUCACUCGGGUCCGCCCUGGAGCCCCAGGCCAAGGUGUCGCGGCUGCUCCCGGGCGCCCCCUGGCCCGGCUUGGGCGCCCGAGGUUUCCGGUGCACGGCUGCCGGCGGUGACGCCUUACUGCUUGGGAGCAGCCGCCGCUUCUCCACAACCCAGCUGCAGGCCCGUGGAAUUCCAAUCAAGCCAUACACGAGUGGAACGUGCUCGGCAGUUUUGUGCAAAAGGACGCAGUGGCCUCACCUACUAAAGCUUCCAUUUGCUGGAACUGGGCAUCCACCCAUCCCUGCCAAGUCUUGAGAGAGGACUCAACUCCAGGAAGACUUUCUGCUUUCUGCCAGGCCCCGAGGUUGUACUUUCAUGCUCCACAGCCGCCAUCACCCAGCGUGUGCAAGUGGGUCUGCAGGUUGCUAUGUUAAUGCUGCUUGUCUUUGGAGUAUUGCUUCAUGAAGUCCCACUGAGUGGCCAAGAUGAGGCUCAUUCUGAGGCUGACAGUAUUCCAGGCAAAGCCCUUUGUGACUACUCCAGCCUCCGCCUCCCAGAGAAGCACAUUCCCUUCUUCUUGCACAAUAACAGGCAUAUUGCCUCUGUCUGCAAGGAGGAUUCCCAUUGUCCAUAUAAGAAACAUCUAGGAAAUCUAAACUACUGCUGGGGUUAUGAAAAAUCCUGCAAACCAGAGUUUAGAUUUGGUUACCCUGUUUGCAGCUACGUUGACAUGGGAUGGACAGAUACUCUGGAGUCGGCUGAGGACAUGUUCUGGAAGCAAGCUGACUUUGGCUAUGCUCGAGAGCGACUGGAGGAGAUACGCAUGCUCUGUCAGCCCGAGAGAACAGAUGACUCAAGUCUGGCUUGUUCCCGGCACCUUCAGUAUUGCAGAGCUACUGGUCUGUACCUGGACUUAAGAAACAUCAAGAGGACCCAUGACAGAUUCAAGGAAGAUUUUCUCCAGGGUGGUGAAGUUGGUGGACACUGUAAACUGGACAGGCAUGCAUUGCUGUCUGAAGGUCAGCGCAAAAGCCCUCUGCAGUCUUGGUUUGCUGAGCUACAGGGCUAUACUCAGCUCAAUUUCAGGCCUAUAGAAGAUGCUAAAUGUGACAUCGUUGUUGAGAAACCAACAUAUUUCAUGAAAUUAGAUGCAGGUGUUAACAUGUACCACCACUUCUGUGAUUUUCUCAAUCUCUACAUCACUCAGCACGUUAACAAUUCCUUCAGUACAGAUGUGUACAUCGUGAUGUGGGACACCAGCACUUAUGGGUAUGGUGACCUGUUCUCGGAUACCUGGAAAGCAUUUACUGAUUAUGACAUCAUACAUUUGAAAACCUAUGAUUCCAAAAAGGUGUGCUUUAAAGAAGCUGUGUUUUCGUUGCUGCCCCGCAUGCGGUACGGGCUGUUCUAUAACACACCUCUGAUCUCUGGCUGUCAGAACACUGGCUUGUUCAGGGCCUUCUCCCAGCAUGUGCUGCACAGGCUGAACAUCACUCAAGAGGGACCCAAGGAUGGGAAAGUUCGAGUUACCAUUCUUGCACGCAGCACAGAAUACCGGAAAAUACUGAAUCAAAAUGAGCUGGUGAAUGCACUGAAAACAGUAUCCACAUUUGAGGUCCGGAUUGUUGAUUACAAAUACAGAGAGCUCGGGUUUUUAGAUCAGCUGAGGAUCACACACAACACGGACAUAUUUAUUGGCAUGCACGGAGCUGGCCUUACCCACUUACUUUUCCUUCCAGACUGGGCUGCUGUAUUCGAGCUGUACAACUGUGAAGAUGAGCGCUGUUACUUAGACCUGGCCAGGCUCAGAGGCGUCCACUACAUCACCUGGCGGAAGCCCAGCAAAGUGUUUCCUCAAGAUAAGGGGCACCAUCCAACGCUGGGAGAACACCCGAAGUUUACCAAUUACUCUUUUGAUGUAGAAGAAUUCAUAUACCUUGUCCUUCAGGCUGCAGAGCACGUUCUGGGACAUCCACAGUGGCCAUUUAAGAAGAAACAUGAUGAACUGUAGAAAUGUUAAGUUUGUUUACGAGCAGGGAGUGUUUAAACACCCUCACAUCUAGACUCACGAUCAAAGGAGCAAACAACCUGUCAUAGCCUACUGCAAGAGGAAACAUGACUUUUUACUUCUGAAUAUAGCUCAGGCUGGCCGUGAACUAACAAGCAUCUGAACCUCCUGUGUUCUGGGAUUACAGGUGUAUACCACCAUGUCUGUCUACAAAAUUUACUUUUUCUGUUGAAAACAUAUUUUCAGGAUAUUUUGUCUUUAAGUGUUUCGUGUGUUUAUUGUGUCAUUGCUAUUUACUGAUAGCAAUAGUAUUUUUGCACUGAAAAACGUUACUUUUAUAGUUCAAAGUUGGACAGGUGCCCCUGGUGUCACAGAGCAUUCCUGUUGGAACCAAAGUUGUCAGCUUAAUCAGCUUUAGAAUCUGUAAGUGUGUUUGUUAACUCUAACGUGCUUCUAUAGUUCCAGAAUCUUCCACCUUGUCGUUUAUCUACUUGGUUUGGUAUUUUCAUUGUCUGUUCAUAAUUCCGGUUGUAGACCAGUGUUUAGUCGGCUUCAGGUUAUGUGCAUCAGGAACCUGAAUCAAUCAUGCCGUUGUAUUGAUUUGUGCCCACAUAUCUCGUUUCAGCCAUGCUCUCCCCUCAUGUAAUGGCUGUAUUAAUAAGAACCCAUCAGAACAUUCUGCAGUACCAUCUCUGUAGACCCAGUAGAUCCACCAGCCGUGAGAGCAUCACGUUGACAUGGCGUGAGGUCGUCAUUUCCAUCAGGCAAGCAUUUGUAAGCACAUACAGAUGUGCGCAUCUACCUCUGGCAGGAUGAAAGCAGUCCUGAUAGUUGUAAAAAUGCAGAUAUUGCAAAAUGGCCACAUGAAGAGACCAUUAAAAAAAAACAACCAACAAAACGAACAGUAGAGCUGUGAAUGACCCAAUCAAGAUGAAAAGACUCAGAAAGUGGCACUGUUUAAAUGGGGUGCCUGAGCAGCCGGCUUGUCCUUGAACGGCUUCAUGUCUUACUGUUGAUGAGCAUCCGGCUCGGCAGUCAGAAACCAUGGGUUUGUUCUACUGUACAGUGUGGUGUUUGCAUCUUAUUAACAUUUGAGUCGUCUCGCAGAGAAGCUGCUUUUCUUUUUUUACAGUGGACUAAACAAAUCGCAGCCAAGGAUUUUAUUUUUAAAUUUUAGAGAAGUGAGCCCCUCCCUCCCGAAAAAAAAAACCCAAAAUAUUGGUAACUGUGCCUCCU